UUAUUUUCAUGCUCGCAAUUUAUACAUAGAAUUCAUGCGACGUACCGCUUUUCCGGGAAUUGGCUUAGUAAACAGCUUCUUCCAAGAAUCCCCAGUCCUUUCUCAAGCGGUUUUCAAAAUGCAUAACACCUUUUCCAGCUAGUCGUCACUAUAGAUCCUAAGUACCAGYUCCUAAGACACCAAAACCUUCGCAGAAUCAAAUCCAGAGACAAGCGCAGAGGAACGUUAAGCAAGAAUGGGUCAACCCGAAUCAAAGCCAGAACCUCCAGUAGUAAGUCCGUUCAAAGAAAGACCGUGGAGGUCGACCAGGGGAUGGAAUAAAAGCGCAAGGGAUGAAUUGAAAUCUCAGAUAAAGGAGUUCAACCCGAAGCGGUUUGGGGUUCCAAAAUUUAACAUUGUUCUCACUGGCCAAGUUGGAGCAGGAAAGUCYAGCCUCUUCAACAGCAUUAACAGCGUCUUUGACGGUUUUGUCCGUCCAACUAGGGCAGCUGCUGGGAGUAUUGGGCAAAGUUUUACUAAAGAGUUUAAGAUGUAUAAGUUCAGACACAACCCCUAUAUCAGUAUGGGAGAUACUAUGGGUAUAGAGGCACACACCACUGAAGCUGAUAUCAGGAAUAUAUUGAGUGUAUUGGACGGACAUGUGCCCAAUGGUUAUAAGUUUCGUUCUGAUGAAGAAUUCAUUCAGUCAAACAAUAAACACUACAUUGCCAACCCACCACUUGCAGAAAGAGCUCACUGUGUAGGUCUUGUUAUCAAUGCGAAAGAUACCUUAACUAUGAAGGGGGAGAUGGUACGUAAGCUGAAAAGCUUGGCAGAGGCACUCAUCAAUCGAGGAGUACCUGUUGUUAUUGUACUGACCCAUUUGGAUCAGUUCCACCCUGAAGUAGAACAAGACAUUACCAAAACCUACCACAGUAGACAUUUAGAAAACCUUGUGGCCAAAAUAAGAGCUAUGAUACAUGGAAUACCAGAAAACCWGAUAUUUCCCGUUAUUAACUAUCACAAAGCCGUUGAGCUUGAUGAUGGCAUGGAUGUUCUUCUCUUGUAUGGACUACGCUGUAUGAUUGCUGCUGCUGAAGACUAUCUUGAAAACCAAGGAGCUGCAUCUCAUCCCUCUGAACAUAACUGAGCUCGAAAAACCUAGUGUCAUAAUGCAUAUGUGUGAAUAUUGCACUCAUUAUUGACGAUAUAGAAAAGAUCUUUGGUAUCAUCACAUAAUACUAAAUGGGAUAGCUGAUAUUACUUAUGCACAUUGGCAAUWGAUCUAAUUGGAGUAAAAAUUAAAUGUAACUCAGUUUUCAAACUGAAAAGUUCAAAAUGGCAUCUUAUAAAGGCUUUAUAUAAGCAUGACUGAGUGGUCCCAGCUAUAGUUAGCAAUAUAUAGCAAUGAUGCAUGUUAAGGAUUUUUAUAUAUAYUAGAGAUCAAUAGAAGAAAAAAAGCCRAUGGURAUAUCAAAGCAUGUGUCUGUUUGURAAUUUAAGCWUUCAMAURAUAAAUAAAAAGAAAAGUAGAGUCACGAACAUUAACAAAUGGCAGAWRAGGGAGACUUGAAUGUCAAUUGGAAAAAAACCCAAAUAACGUAAA